AUGUUCUCCAAAGUCCUCAUCCUCGCUCUGGCUGCGUCGCCUCUCGUGGCCGCUCACGGCAGAAUCGACGUGGUCACCGGCGACAAGGGCGGCAACGGCACUGCCCUGGCCAUCCGGGGCGGCGUCGUCCCCGGCCCUGGCCCGAACCGCAAGACCGAGGUCGAUACCACCAUCUUCAAAAAGACCGACAUCAUGACCGACGGCCUCGGCCGCACCAAAGGCUCCGGCAACAACAAGCUCCAGAUGCUCUCCAAGGCCAUGGAGCUGUCGGGCAACACCCUGCCGCAGGUCUCCAACGACGGCAACGGCACCAUCUCGGGCACCUUCCACAUCGUCACCACCGACGGCGCGGGCCCCAUCAAGGCCGUGCUCGACCCCACGGGCACCGGCGCCUUCUCCAACGGCGUCAUGCUGGAGACCAAGCAGCAGGUGCCCGGCAACCGGGGCAACAUCCGGGUGACCAAGAAGCUCAAGGAGCAGCAGGCGGCGGCGAACGGCCAGAACGGCAACCAGAACAACAACGACAACAACAACAACAAAAACAACCGGGGUCGGUCUCUGUGGGACAGGGCCGCCGAGGCUCUGGAGAGCUUUAGCAUCGUCAAGCGCGCGACCAACGUCAACAUGGACUUUCCCAUGGCCUUCUCCGUUCCUGCUGGUACUACCUGCACGGGUACCAUCAACGGCGUCAACAACGUCUGCCUGGUCAAGAUUGCCAACGCGAACCGCGCCGGUCCCUUUGGCGGAAUCGUGGCUGUCCAGAUGGCUGGUAACGGCCAGGCCGUGCCGGUCGCAGGCGGUGCUGCUGCUGCUGCUGGCAACACUGCUGGCAACACUGCCGGCAACACCAACGCCAACGCCAACGGCAAUGCGAAGGGCAAUGCUAAGAACGGCAACGGCAACGGCAACGGCAACGGUAAGCGGGAGGUCCCGUUUUCCGCAUAA